AUGGAGAUCAACGAUCUUGAUGAGAAAAAGCUAUCACAAAAGGAGAUAAACCUGAAGAUUCUCCGAGGACUACCCAAAAGCUGGGAAAUGAAAGUAGUAGCUAUGCGUAAUCAUAGAGAAAUCAAGACAACGAGCACUACUCAGAUCUUUAGUGAUCUGAAAGCCUACGAGUUCGAGAAGGAAACACAAAAUGAUGAAGAACCUGAGACGAGAAACAUAACUUUAGUUGCAAAUCAUCAAUCUUCAUCAUCAACACCAAGGUCGAACACUAAUCCCUCAUCUGAUUUUUUCACUAACGAUCAGCUUGCUUUGUUUAUGAGAAGGUUCAAAAGAUUCAUGCGAAAGAAUCAGUCUUACGACAAUUCUGAUAAAAUGAGAAGAACGAAGUACCGAAGCAAUGACAAGACCAGUGGAUCCAGAACACAUGAAAAGGAUGAAACACAAGUGCUGUGUUACAACUGCCGAAAACCUGGACAUUUCAAAGCUGAAUGUCCAUAUCCUAUCAUCAAGAAGCAUCAGGACGAGCACAAUUACAAGAAGAAUUCGGGAAACUAUCACAACCCGAAGAGUGCACCAAAUGAUGCUGACGAGGAGUCAAACAAAAAUCAGAAAAAUGAUAGGCGAAGGAAGGCUCUAGCUGUAGAAGAGAAGUCAGGAGACAAGAACGACGAAUCAUGCACGUCCAGCUCUAGUUCAGAAAGUGACAGUUCGGAGGAUGAGAAGGGACAACUAUGUCUCUUCAGUCAAGAAGACUCAGAUGAAGAGCUGUGCCUUAUGGCAGAUGAAGAAGAGGUAACUUCACAAAACCACUCUUCUAAUUAUAGCUCUGAAUCCAUAUAUCAUGAAAACCCUAGGGAAGCAUUCGAAAGAAUGAUGAAGAGUUUUGAUGGUAUUGAAGAUUCACACUUAAAACUCAAAGAAGAGAAUGCCAAGCUAUUGGCAGAAAGACAAGAUCUCGAGGACUUAAGGUCCAAAAAUGCUGAGAUGCUUGAAUCUAUAAGCCAGCUUGAGAAGCAAGUUCAUCUUCUUGAGGAAGAGUGUAAAGCGAAGGAUGAUAGAGAGCAAAAUUUGCGUGCGAGGCAACGCAAGGGUAUGCCUCAGGGAAGACCAAACUCUUACCUGAGUAAUGUCAAGAAUUUCAAAAAGUUCCCCAGCAAGCAUAGAGGUGGAGAAGGUACUUUAUAUCCUAGUGAUGAGGACUGGCUUAUGGAUUAUGAACCAAUGACAAGAGCAAAAUUUCUGCUCCAUCAUAGACAUAAACAGACAUCAUACACUAGAGUUAACACGAAUAAACCAACACCUUCUCUCCAAAAAGUUUAUUCACCGAAGUCACCUCAGGCCUACUAUGCUAUCCCUUAUGAUUAUCGCGUGUUUAAUGGGUACCGUGGACCAAGGAUGAACCUUACGAGUUCUAGAAAGAAGAAUGAAACUGAGAAUGUCCUUCCAGACCUGCUCCGAAGACUUCAAACCGAAAAGGAUCUAAGUAUUGUCAAAAUUCGGUCUGAUCAAGGAACUGAAUUUGUAAACAAAGUCAUUCAGGACUUAUGUGGACAACACGGCAUACUGCAUCAGCUUUCAGCAGCAAGAACUCCUCAACAGAAUGGUGUAGCUGAAAGACGCAACAGAACGCUCAAGGAAGCAGCAAGAUCCAUGAUUGCUUUCUCAGGCUUGCCGAAACGUUUUUGGGCCGAAGCUAUAAACACUGCAUGCUAUACCGAAAAUAGAUCUCUUAUUCAUAAAGAUCAUGGAGCUACACCUUACGAACUCUGGAAAGGCAGAAAACCUGUUGUAAAAUACUUUCAUAUAUUUGGAAGUAAAUGCUUCAUCCAUAACAAUGGGAAAUCACAUCUAAAGGCUUUUGAUGAACGUGUUGAUGAAGGAAUAUUCAUGGGAUAUUCUGAAAAGAGUAAAGCUUUUCGAGUACUAAAUAAGCGAACCAUGGUGAUAGAAGAAUCUAUACACGUAGUAUUCGACGAACCAUCAAAAGAAGACGUGGUGAUCUCUGAGAAACAAACUGAUGAAGAGACGAAAGAUAGAGAAAUUGAAGAACUAUCUGAAGGAUCAGAAUCAGAAGACGAUGAUUAUCCACUCUUUCCUAAUCACCUACCAAAUACUUCAUCUCAAACCGAAGUAUUACCGAAUGAUGGAAAUGAGCCAAAUCAAUCAAUAGUUCAACAAGAUGGAAGCAAUCAAGGCGAACCCUCUAUCGAUGAAGGAGCACCUCCUACCACCUUCCAACCAGAUUUAAAAUGGUUAAGAAAUCACCCUCAAGAUCAAAUCAUCGGUGAUAUACAUGAUAAUGUACGAACUCGUGCAUCCAUUCGGGAAUGCAUGAUGGCAUGUUUCAUAUCUCAAAUUGAACCGAAGACCAUAGAAGAAGCACUAAAUGACUCGGACUGGGUCAUUGCCAUGCAAGAUGAACUACAUCAAUUUGAGAGAAACAAUAAUCAGGCUCCAAACCAGCCAGUGAAUGCAGACUAUGACGAGGACUAUCUCCGCUACCUUGCGAUGCUUGAGCCAGAUGAUGUAUCUGACAAGUCCUUAGUACUUGAAAAUGAACCUGGUUAUGGACCUAUGGCUCCAUCUUGGAUCCCUGACGCUGCCCCAAGUGCUCUACCUGCUCCAAGCCCUCCUACCACGGAGAGCAGCCAAGGACAAAGCCUUAUGUCUACUGCUAACAGUAGGCAUGCAAAGAAUAAGGGCAAAGGCAAGGCAAGAAAGUAG